AUGGGCCUUGCCAGCUACUUGUACCAUGGUUACGAAGAACAUAACGAAACUAUAUCUUAUUCAACUAUCAAUGCUAGGAGAAAUGUUUCGCUGAAAUUCAUGUUAACAGGAGAACUCGUUAUUCUUUAA